AUGUCGCUCAACCACGCGGUUGGUGACGGGACGGCCUUCUGGCACCUCUUCAACACCUGGUCCGAGAUCAGCCGUCGUCUGAGUGACGACGCCGCCAUCUCCUCGCCGCUGCCGGUGCACCGGAGGUGGUUCCUUGACGGCUGCCGUGUCCCGAUCCCUCUGCCAUUCGCCAAAGUGGAGGACAUUGCCAGCUAUGGGCACUCAUCAUCGGUGCAGCCGCAGGACUGCUUCCUCCAUUUCUCCGCGGAGAGCGUAAAGAAGCUCAAAGCGAAGGCGAACGCCGAGGCGUCCGGCACCGGCACCGCCACCAUCUCCUCCUUGCAGGCGCUGCUGGCGCACCUGUGGGUCGCGGUGUGCCGAGCGAGGAGGCUGGCGCCGGACCAGAGCACAACGUACGUGCUCCUCUUGGAUCCCGGGGCCGCGUGCACGGCAUACCGGUGGGCUACGCGGGCAACACCGUGGCACGCGCCGAGGCGACGUCCACGGCUGGCGUCAUGGGCGCGUAACCUGACGUUCGCAUGCACGUCGGCGCCACCCCCGGCGCUGGUGGUGACCGGGAACUCGCCACGGUUCGACGUGUACGGGAACGACUUCGGCUGGGGCCAGCCAGUGGCCGUGCGGCGCAGCUCGGCGAACAAGAUGGACGGGACGGCGACGGUGUUCCAAGGUAGGGGCGGCGGUGGGAGCAUGGCCCUGCAGGUGUGCCUUGCGCCGGAGGUGCUCGCCAGACGAGUCACCGACGACGAGUUCAUGAGCGCGGUCACAGCGUGA